UGAAGCCCUUUCCCCUCCCCUUCCUGGUGGGAAUCUGACUGUUUGAAUUUCUUCUCUCUGCUUUCUCAGCCUUUGGGACCUCCAAGGAGGAUCUGCCCCUGUCCUGGCCACAGGGAAAGUCCAUUGCAGGAAAGUAAAAGCCCAGCUCUUUCAAGCCAAAAGCAUCACAGCUGCUCCCUGUUGUUCGUUGACGGACUCGCCCAUUGUCACAUCGAAAUACAUCUCUCUCUGACAUAUCUUGGGCAAACGUUAGAGGAAGCUCCCUUGAAGGAGUGGCAAGGUCUACCAAAUCCAAGGCAAGUCUGGAAGACAUCAGGGGAAGAAAAGAGCCUCAGGCUUGAAAUGGAGGAACAGGACACUGCAAGCUCUAAAGCGUGGGAAAGAACGGAAGGGCUGGCAAGAGGCCCACAGAUUGCACAUGUGAGAGGCACAGGAGGAUCCAUGGUGCAGGCACCUCCACGUCACAUAAAACGUGAGCCUGUGGAGGGUCUGCAGGAGCUUUGGGAAACUCAGUGGCAAGAGUUCCUCAGGACACUACAGGCUCCUGACCCUCAGGUGUCUGUAGAGCCAACACCGUGGGAUGACGCAAAGGUUUUCCUGGCCUCUUUCGAGCAAGUGGCGUCAGCUUGCCGGUGGCCUCAGAACAAGUGGGUGACCUUUCUGCAGCCAGCCCUCAGCGGAGAGGCUGAACAAGCUGUCAAUGCCCUCAGUUUGCAAGAUAGGGGGGACUACGGGAAAGUGAAAACAGCCAUCUUGGAAGGAGAAGCCACUAUGAGGGAGAAGCAACGCCAACACUUCAGGCAGCUGCGCUAUCAAGACACAGAAGGGCCAAGAGGUGUCUAUGGGCAACUCCGGGAACUUUGCCGCCAGUGGCUGAAGGUCGAGAGGCACACGAAGGACGAAAUUUUGGAGCUGCUGAUCCUGGAGCAGUUUCUCAGCAUCCUUCCGGGCGCCAUGCAGAGCUGGGUCAGGGAUCAGAAACCGGACAGCUGUGCCCAGGCAGUGGCCCUGGCGGAGGAUUUCCUCCUGAGGUGGCGGGAGGCUGAGAAACCAGAACAAAAGGUGCCAGUCCCAUUUCUGGCUGUGGAUUCUCCUGAGACAAACCAGGUUCUUCUGCUGCACUCUUGGACUGGACAGCAGUGCAGAGAACCCAAAGAAAAGCAGGACGAAGAGACAAGACCACUGAGUAACAGGAAGGUGUGGGAAAAAGAAGUGAAUGCCAUUCACCAAGAAGAUUGUGAGCCAGUGAAAAUACAUGAUGACUGCCUGGGAAGAGACAAGGAUUUCCAGAGCUGUAAGAAGGGAGUAAUGUUUGGGACUCAGCAGAAACUGGUGGGUGAAGAGGGGAGUAACCAUGAGGAGGAUAUAAAUGGAGCCCUUGUCUGUCCAGGAGGUAGUGAGAAAGAGAGGAAACCCAAAGAACAGCAAAGCAUUGAGUACAAUGAGGCAGCGAGCAUGUCUUUUAACCAUGAAAGAAAUUUUGGACAGAGCUCAAGCCUUGCAAAACUUCAGAAUAUUCACACUGGGCAGAACCCAUACAUCCCUUCAUACUGUGAAAACAACUUUAUGCAUACACAGAGCUUUGUUACACUUGAGAGAACCCACACAGGACUGAGAAACCCAUCUAAACACUUUCCCUGCGGAAAAAGCUUCAUCUGUGGUUCUGGCUUUAAAGAACAUAUGAAAAUCCACACUGGAGAAUCGCCAUAUAGAUGCUCUUACUGUGGGAAGAACUUUGGUCGUUGUUCACUCUUACGUGAACAUGUCCGGACGCACACGGGAGAGAGACCUUACAAGUGCAUGGACUGCGGGAAGAACUUCAACCGGAAGCGUUAUCUGACCAUUCAUGAGAGAAUGCACCGAGGAGAGAACCCGUACAAAUGUGUCCAUUGUGGGAAAAGCUUCCCAAAGAGGUCCAAACUUGUCAUACAUGAAAGAAUCCACACGGGAGAGAAUCCGUUUGUUUGCUCGGAGUGUGGGAAAGGCUUCAACCAGAAGGGGAACCUCAUGACCCACAUGCGGUUGCAUACGGGAGAGAAACCAUACAAAUGCAUCCAUUGUGGGAAGAGAUUCAGUCAAAAAGCAGGCCUCAGUGCACAUGAGAAAACCCAUACAGGACCAAAAAGAACCAUUUAAUGCUGGGGGUAUAAUUUGUACCUCACUGUGAUAAAACAAUGGCUCAGAAAACAAUGUGGAAAGUUUUACAGUAUAUAUCUGUCUUCUUAGAAGGGGAAAAAUGAAUGAAAACAACUAACAGGUGGUAAGCGGGUAUCUGCUGGGGUUUGGUUCCAGGACCCUCCAUGGAUAUCCAAAUCCAUAGAUGCUCAAGUCCCAUUAUACACAACGGCAUAGUAAAAUGGUGACAUGAAAGUUUCCUUGUUGGAAUUUUAUAUUUUUUUGAAUAUUUUCAAGCCAUGGGUGGUUGAAUCCGCAGAUGUAGAAUCCAUGGAUAUGGAGGGUUGACUGUAAUGCUCAGUAGUAAUUGGAACAUUCUAAAUAAACAAAUUAUGAAAAUCAAUUAUGCAAAUGUAAAAAACAACAACAACACAGUGCCAGAGCACCAAAGGCUAACGACUAUCACCAAAGUGUUCAGAAAGGCAAGGUCUUCACUGUAGGACACAAAGUGGGUAGUGAGUCAAGCAGGAUUUUCUUGAAAGGACAUCCCACAUGCAGUUAUCACAUGCCUGAAGAUACCUUUUCUGUCCACACCUUGACCAACACAGUUGUAUGUGAAUCCAUGUCUGUUUUAGGACCAAAGUACGUAGUCAGUAAAGUGAAUUGAGUCUGGAAAGAACAGGUUCAUCUUGUUUCUAAGAGAGCCAGAGCUGGCCCCUAUUGUUAGACUAAGGAUGCAUCUGCACUGUAAAAAUAAUGCAGCUUGACACCUCUUUAAGUGCUGUAGCUCCAUCCUAUGGAUUCAAGAUUUGUCUUUUCACAAAAUGAAAAGAGGGCUGGUGCCUUACAAAACUACGAGUCCCAGGGUUCUGUAAGAAUGGGACCAUGGCAGUUAAAGCAGUGUCAGACUGCAUUAAUUCAACAGCAUAGAUGCACCUCAAGUGAGGUACCUCCUGAAACAGGAGCUGUUGAGGGGCAGGAAGAGAGGAUAUAAAGUUGUCAGGGCUGAGCGUGCCCCCCCCCUGCCAAACUAGCCUUUGGAAAUGCAUUUUUUCAAGAUUGUGCUAGGAUUGAAGUAAGAUUCAACUCCCAGUCUACUUGGCUUCUGUGUGUGGAAUGGAAAGAGAAGGCACCAUCUCAGGCAACAAGAUUUCUGUUGCUGGCUGUGAAGAGAACCUGCAUAGGCUGCUGACUGGUUCUCCCUCCACCUGGAAUUUUGUAGUUUUACACUAAUAUAUUCUUUUUUUUAACAAUGUUUUAUUUAAUUAACUGUUUGACAGUGCAAUUGACUGCCUCAGAAUGUGGUGGACUCUUCUUCUUUGUAGGUCUUUAAACAGAGGUUAGAUGGGCAUCUCUUGGGAGGGAUUUGGAGCCUUAUUGCAUUAUUAAAUAAACCUGUCAGGCAAACAAAAAGAUAAGUGUGUGUGUUUUCCCCUGACCUUUUCAUAACUUUCGUUCUCUCCAUGGGAGAGCGUUGUAAAAGCAUUCUUUUUGGCAAACAAAUUAUUUCAGUUUGGCAAAUGGGACGCUUGUAUGACCCUCUCCCAUGAUUUUACAACUGGAAGAGAACAAAAGAGAACAAAGUAAUGUGUAAGGAGUGGGGGGAAAGCAUGUGUCUUUUUGUUUGCCUGCCCGGUUUGUUUAAUAAUGUGAUAAGGGUUUUAGCUGUUCAUUCUUGCAAGGCAGACGGCUGGAUUAUAUAGUCUUUAUGGCCUCUCCAACUUUUAUACGUAAUUCUAUGAAUUUGUUUCCUGAGUUGAUUUCAAAAGCAAAGCUACCCAAUCUCUGCCCCUGCCCUGUUCCACCUGUAUCAAGACUAAUGUCAAUACCUUGUAACCUUUGGUCCCCAGGUAGUGAUGGGUUUCAACUCCCAGAAGCCCCAACCAGCAAACAGUAGUGAAGAAUUCUGGGUGUCGUGGUCCAAUACUCUCUCGUCUCUAAGAUUGGGGAAUCAAUGAUCCAUGAGUUUCUUCUUCACAUAUAUCUUUGCUGUACCAAAAGCCUGCCAAUUAUUAUUAGAACUCCACAGCAAAUAGAAGUGGUACUCAGGUGUAAUAACUGAAUGCUGCCUGACUUUUUAAAUUUUUUUGUUUUUCUUUUAAUAAAUUAUUUAAUAUUAUUUCAUCCAUUCUUUUUGGUGUGGAGGGGGGACACAUGGCUUUAUUACAAAGAGAAAUUUUGCAGGAGAAAGUAUUCUGAUUCUGUUUUGUGUUCUAUCCUGCUUUAUAAUAAAAACAA